CGGCGCACAGCUCGCUCGCCGGCCAGCGCGCGCUUGCUGCACUGCACGUACGGUACCCCCGGCACAGCACCCGUGACGUGAUGUUUGUCCUUAGCAGCUAGCUAGCUAGCUAGCCCAAAGAAGCACCGAGCGAACACACACGUCGUCCUGCCUGCGGUCAAGCACCUGCGAGAGGAGAGCCUCAGCUAGCUAGCUAGCUGGUGUGUCCUAUACUCGUAUUGUACGUCCCUCACAGUCACAUAGAAAGAGAGAGGCCGGGAUCGAUAUCGCGAUAGGUACGAUGGCGGGGAUGGCCGCGGCCGCAGUAGGGUCGGCGUCGUCGUCGUCCGGCCCGGCGGUUAUGCUGCUGUGCGGCAAGGCGGAGAAGGUGCUGGGCGUGCAGAAGGCGCCCGGGAGCUGCCCCUACUGCGGCGGCGUGGUGGCGGCCACGGACGUGGAGGCCGAGUGGGCGCUCUGCUGCCUGCCGCUCUGCCGCAGGACCAAGCGGAGGUUCGCCUGCACCGCCUGCGCCAGGCGCCUCGUCACCUACCCGGCUAUCCUGCAUGACUAGAAUAGAAGAAGAAGGUCGACGACGUACACCAUCGACGGCCGGCCGGUUUUAAUUUCCUUCUACUAUCUUCAUUCGCGUCUUCACCUCCGGCACUACUCCGAUCUCCAGAUCGACCAAGUCAUCGAGAAGAGAGGUGCAUUUGGUGGUCGCCCGUUUUGGUAAGAAGUUGAAUUCGAACCUGAACCUCUGUUGCCAAAGUGCCAACUUUAGCCUACUCCACCGAUUUCCAGCGCGGACAUGCUCUUGGCGUAUUUGCUAGUAUAUGCUAGUAUAUGAGAUCGAAGGCCCGUGGUUAAGCUAUCCGAGGAUGUUCUUUUAUUUUCACUCA